CAAUUAUUGAUUGAACAUGACCACCUUUCUCCUUCUAUCUUUGUUCACUCUCCCCACUCCAUCACCACUCGAAGUCUCUUAACUCCACAAAACACAAAUGGCUAUUACCUUCUCAGAUCUACACACCGAGGGGGGUCUCAAAUCCCUCGAUGAAUUCCUUUCUGGGAAGACCUAUAUUUCUGAGGAUCAAUUGACAAAGGAUGAUAUCAAAGUGUAUGCAGCUGUUUUGGAAAAGCCAGGUGACUCAUUUCCCAAUGCUGCCAACUGGUACGAUGUUGUCUCCUCAAAUCUUGCUGCAAGCUUCCCUGGGAAUGCUCAAGGGGUAAAAUUCAGUGGGAAAUCUGCUCCAGCUGAAGCUGCACCUGCAAAAGAUGCUCCUGCGGCAGAUGAUGAUGAUGAUCUUGAUCUCUUUGGUGAUGAGACAGAGGAGGAAAAGAAGGCAGCAGAGGAAAGGGAGGCUGCUAAAAAGCCCACCAAGAAGAAAGAAAGUGGUAAGUCUUCCGUUCUGCUUGAUGUUAAGCCUUGGGAUGAUGAGACAGACAUGAAGAAGCUGGAAGAGGCUGUUCGUAGCAUUGAGAUGCCUGGUUUAUUGUGGGGAGCAUCCAAACUGGUUCCAGUGGGAUACGGGAUCAAGAAGCUGCAGAUAAUGAUGACUAUUGUUGAUGACCUUGUAUCUGUGGACUCCCUCAUUGAGGAAUAUCUGACAGUUGAGCCAUGCAACGAGUAUGUUCAAAGCUGUGACAUUGUGGCAUUCAACAAAAUUUAAGUUAUCUUCUUUAGCCAUUUUCAAGCGGCUCAUGUUGGUCUAUUUCAAUGGUGGUUUUGUUCCAAGAAUUGUUACAAGCUAAGCGUGAUUAUUGUGCAACUUCUAAUGUUAUUUUUGUAAAAACGUUUAGUAGAUUUGUGGGAUUAACCAUCCCUGAAGUCAAUUGUGGUUUGGGAGCAUAAUUUAGUGAUUCUCUUUUCGGUGCCUUGUCAUUCUCGAAAGCAACAUAGUAUUUGCUGACCUUAGCUUCAUAGAA